GCUAGGCAUCCUGGUGUCCCCGAGUGGUUCCCCCUAAGCUUCUUCUCCCUCUCUGUCCGGGACUCAGGGUCGCCACUGCCCCUUCUCCGGGCCCUCUCCAAGCCCUGCCCAGGCCGAGCCAGGCGCGGCCCCUACCCUCUGACCCCGCGUUGCACAAUGCCCGAUCAAAGUCCCGGGGCGUGUGAACCACAGCGUCCCUGCCCCUGGGCGGGGGUGGGCGGCAGCCGCGCGGGGAGCCGAGGCGGCGGCGGCAGCCGGCCCAGUACACCGGCCCCGGUCCCGCGAGUCCCCGCGAGCUGCCGCCUCAGACCCCAGCUCUGCUCGGCCCCGCCGCCCGCCGCUCCCCUCGCAGGCCGCCGCCGCCGCCGCCGCCAUGGCGGAAGUUCAUAGACGUCAGCAGGCCCGGGUUAAAGGAGAAGACCCCGCGAAAUCCUCCACACACAGACAUGAGGAGGAGCUGGGGAUGGCGUCGGCCGAAACGCUGACCGUGUUCCUGAAACUGCUGGCCGCUGGCUUUUACGGCGUGAGCUCCUUCCUCAUCGUAGUGGUCAACAAGAGCGUGCUCACCAACUACAGAUUUCCCUCCUCACUAUGUGUUGGACUUGGCCAGAUGGUGGCCACAGUGGCAGUACUCUGGGUUGGAAAGGCACUCAGAGUAGUCAAGUUUCCUGACUUUGACAGAAAUGUACCUCGAAAGACGUUUCCACUACCUCUACUAUAUUUUGGGAACCAAAUCACGGGACUGUUCAGCACAAAGAAACUGAACUUGCCAAUGUUUACAGUUCUGAGAAGGUUCUCCAUCCUGUUUACAAUGUUUGCUGAAGGACUUUUACUCAAGAAGACUUUUUCUUGGGGUAUUAAGAUGACUGUAUUUGCAAUGAUUAUUGGAGCCUUUGUAGCUGCCAGCUCUGACUUGGCAUUCGAUCUGGAAGGAUAUGUUUUUAUUCUGAUAAAUGAUGUCCUGACAGCAGCAAAUGGUGCCUACGUAAAACAAAAAUUAGAUUCAAAAGAGCUGGGAAAAUAUGGUCUGCUCUAUUACAAUGCACUGUUCAUGAUUCUGCCCACCCUAGCCAUUGCAUAUUUUACGGGAGAUGCGCAAAAGGCAAUGGAUUUUGAAGGCUGGGCCGACACCCUCUUUCUUCUGCAGUUCACCCUCUCUUGUGUGAUGGGAUUUAUCUUGAUGUAUGCCACAGUACUCUGCACUCAGUAUAAUUCUGCUCUUACAACUACAAUAGUUGGCUGUAUUAAGAAUAUAUUAGUAACUUAUAUCGGGAUGGUCUUUGGUGGAGAUUACAUUUUCACAUGGACAAACUUCAUUGGCUUAAAUAUCAGCAUUGCUGGGAGCCUGGUGUAUUCCUACAUCACUUUCUCUGAAGAGCAGCUGAGCAAACAGUCAGAGGCCAGUAACAAGCUGGACAUUAAGGGGAAAGGAGCAGUAUGACCAGAGGAUUGCAUCAGCUACAUAGGCCCAAGUUUUUGAUCAGCUCGGAACACUGGCAGUUCUUAUACAGAUUCUGAGGUGUCUUGAUUAUGGAGAAAAUACCAUUCCUUUGCACUUGUACAAUCUGAGGAUUGAUUGCCGCCUUUUAAAAUUUUGUGAAAGAGACUUAUAAUUGACUCUUUUAAAUAUGCCAUUUGAAUUAAUUUAUAUCAGACUGGAAACUGUACUGGGCUUUUUAAUUUAUUUUUCUUCUAUGCCAACAGUGAAACGUCAAUGUUCUGAAAAUAUUUUAUUCCAUAGUUUGAUAUCCAGGUGUCCCUGAGAGCUGCGUAUAUGAAGUGCUUCACCUGGAGCCUCAUCAUUCACAUCGUUGCUGCGUCUGGAGGCACUUGAGCCUUCCUUCUGCUGGAAAUGCAGCCAAGGAUCUUAAAUUUCUCUUCUUUGAAUUUUCUUUCUUAACAAUUGCAUUUUCUUCAUAAGGAUGUCAUCACUCCUUUUGCCAAAGAUGACAUCUUUGGCGCUAAAGAAAUGUGUGCGGCUUUGAAGUGUAUUGGUUUCCACGCUGGCUUCCCUAAGAACUCAUGGGAUGAACAGAGUGCUUUCCUUGAAAAUAUCCUGUUCCCUCUUUGUUGUGUAGGAUGAGGAUAAUGAAGGGACGGAGGAAGUAGGCCUUUUCUUCAUUUAUUCGUCUGUCUCUGAUUCAUUCAUUCGACUAAAAUGUAUUGAGUAUGUAGUUAUGUGCCAGGCAUUGUGCUAAGUGCUGGGGGUAAAGGGAUAUUUUGGAGGUAGUUGCCUUGAUCUCACUCCUGCUAUAGUGACCAAGGGUUAGACAGAGGACUUAGCUCUGUUGAUUUAUUUAGAAGAUGUUGUGACUAUGAACAAGUCAUGGAAAUUUUUUCAGCUCUCAGAAACUGCAGAUCUGUAAGCAGGGUUGGAAGCACCUGUCUACCAGCCCCACGGCGAUGCGAAACCACAUGCUACAGUGUAUGUCACAUGUAUGUGAAAAGCUGCAAUUGUAAACCAUGCAACUCAGCCUUUCUUCUCUGAGUGAGAGUGGCAUGCAGGGAAGGGGACCAUCAUGUUUCCCCAUGCUUCCCACCUCUGGGUUUGGUUGCUGCUCUUUUUACUCAUCCUUGAAUCAAUAUGUCUACAUCUUAUAUUUUUGAGUGUAUGGUUUGAGGAGAAAGGCUGGUUAGAUGUUUCUCCAUUGUCGAUGCUUGGACUGUCUCUGGCAGUGUCAGUGUUGGAGCCAUCACCUUCCUUUCCACUUGAGUGGCACGAGCAUACCUAUUUCCUUUGGACGCUCCCACCUACAUCCCACCUCCCUUGGUCACUUGAUGGGCAUGCCCGCUUCUCUCAAGACCGGCGCUGCAUCCUGGAGAGCAGCUGUGGAUGGGCAUAUGCCUAAAUUGCCUCUUUGGGUGGGUCAGGUGUUAACUCGAACACAGUAGUGUGACUUGGCUUAGAGACAUCCAUUGACUUUGGAGAUGAGUGUUUGCUCAGGCCAGCUGUGCAAUCAUUGUGUAAGAGGCUGGGUACCUUUGUGUUGGUGUACACUCUGGCUUCCAUUUCAUUAGGUUUGCAAUCUACUGGCCUUUGUUGACCUAAACAGUUAGUAUUUUGGGGCCUCAACAGGGGACCUGGAAGGUUUUGAUUUCUUUUUAUUUUUGAAAAAGUAUUAUAUUGAGGUCAUUUCACGUUCAUAUCUUUCCCUUAUUUUGUCUUUAUUGAAGCCUGGCCGGUGGUGCUGGGUCCCUAGAAUUAGCCUCAUGGCCAACUCCUAAGUUACAAGCUCCAGGUAAGGGGUCCUAAGGCUCACUUUUUUCCAGUAUUAUGUGAGCUGAGAAAAUUCAAGUGGGAGAAUAGGAUAUUAUCUUGUACAAGAUAUCUUGUUGUCCCUGUUUUAUUGAUAAGAAAGCAAGACUCAGAGAAAGUUAGGUGACUUGCUAGUAAGUCACAAUUCCUGUUUUUUCCACUGAACCAUGCUGCCAAUGAUAACCUCCCUUCUCCUCUGAGGGAGUGAGGAAAUGGGGCUGCCAGCUAAGCUAGCUUGAGCUCUUUCAGGGAGGCAAUCUGUUGAUUGAAUUUGGAGUCAGAGAGGAAUAGGCUUUGUGAAUCAGGGAGAAUGAUGGGUCAGUCUACAUGCCUGAGCUUCUGUCUCACUUCCAGGCUGGCCUCGGUUGAUAUGCACUUCUGGCUGUGAAUGUUGCUGCCACUGCCUGGUUUUGCCACUGGGGACAGUGGGAAGUCGUGGGAGCUAAUUUUAGCAGUUCUGUUCCUUCUUCUGUCAGCCACAUGGAGGAGGGGACUCUAAUGUUAGAAAUACUUUGUGUGCAUUUAGAGGUGUUGGACUAAAACCCCACCAGGGGUUGAACUGCUUCUUGGAUAUCAGGUUCCCUUGAAGAUCUGUCAUCUCUCCAGGUUUAUUUGAGGAAAUCAUGAAUGGUUAUAACUUCACUAGAUGCACAUGACCUCAGGGCUCCUGGCCUAUGCUGAACUUUCUGGAUGCUUAGAAGCAGUAGAGUAGUUUACAGCUUCUGCUCUGUCCAUGUUGAUUGCUGGAUGCCCCCUUCAACUGCCACCAACAUUUCAAGAUAAGAGAAAGAAGCCUGGAGAAGUUGGAGAUUGAAUAGACUGGCCAACCAGUUUUGAAGUUUGUUUUCAAUUACGUGCAGGCUUGGUUAUGGCACACACAAAGAGAUUUACCUGGUAUUCCAGCAUCUUAUAAGGCAAAAGUUCUUUGACCUGUUAACUACCUCUUGGAAGAAAGAGACAGUAUAGAGUUAAAUGCUUAAAUUUGCCCUUUGAGACAGAUGAGCUGUGGUGAGAAUUUUGAAAGCACAUUAGUGACUAGUGGCUCCUCUUCCUGAGUCAGUGACAGUGAUGUUGUCUUUGGCCAGUCUGUUUUUAAGGCAGUGCCAGAUUGAUUUGAAUAACCCUGGUUGGCCAGGGUACACAUUGCUAACAUGUCAGGUGAUUUUUAAUACCCUUAUAUGGCAGUUGGCUGUAUGAGUCAGUCAUUUGUAGGAUCCAACUUGCACGUAGGUUAAGAAAGAAAAGUAUGUUUGCAAGUUUGUUGUUUGUAGCCCUAGUGUAUCAGGAAUGCAUGGUAAGUUCACAUCAGUAACGCUGAUGUAGGAUCUUCGUGGAAAGAAUAGUAGAAUUUCACUUUUGACUGGUUUGGGAAGGAACCCAGGAUUUGGGGAGGGCCUGCCUUUGCUUUCAUUAUUAUGGCGUCAUUCAGUGAGCAAAGAUUGACUGUUUAAUUCCAGGCAUUAUGCUAAGCUCUGGGGCAUCUGAGGUGAAGAGGGCAGGGUUCUUGUUCUCAAGGAAUGUAUAAUUCUUUAGCCAGACCCCGAUUGAGAUGAAAGGAGUCCGUGAUUUAUGAGUAAAAGCUGCCUGCACAGUUGUCAGCACUGCUGAUCAGGGGUGUCCCACCCACUGCGCUGAAUGAAGCACUUUUUUAAUCUAAGAGGAGUUAUAACUCCUACUAGUCCCCCAGCUCUGAGAUGCGUGCCAGGCCAUUAGACUUCUGUGACUAGCCUGGGUCCCUCCUCCCUCUCGUGCGUGCAUUCUUGCUUCCUCAGAGCUACAGCUGUGUACUACUGGUCCUCCUUGUGAAUGAGGCUGUAAUUGAUUUUUCCCUCCCUGAGGGGAAAAAAAGAUACUCAGAAUAAAUGAGAUAACAGAUGCAAACUACUCAGCACAACGCCUCCUACAUAUUAGGCACUCAGCACAUGUUGUUAUUGUCAUUAUUUCAUGGUAAGACUAUAGGCAAAGAUUAAGAUUCUUAAUUUGUGCUCCUUAAAAUGCUAGAGGCUGGGCAGUGUAUUUCUUUUAAAAUGUGACCCUAUACUUUCUUGCCUCUAGAAUGCUUAGUUUCAAAGAACAGUUUCUGCUCACGGUUAAAGAAUGGUUUCUGCUCACGGCCGUCUUUUAUUAAAUACCUACUGGAUAUAAUUGUGGAUAUUGUGUGAUGCAGGUGAAUCCAUCUGUUUAAAAAAAAAUAAAAUUACUUUCGUAUUUUGGUAAAUUAAAAACAAAAAAAAGAAAGAAAAAUUAUUUUCUACCUGAGAGGAAGAUAAUUAGACUUCAGAAUGGUGAUUCCGUUAAAACUUCCCCAGUUUGUCACCUUAAGGUAGCUCCUGUAUAGGUCAGACAUUCCUUCUUCCCUUCUCCGAAUUAAAUGCAUCAACUUCAUGCUGCCUCUGUGUCCAGGCUUUUGUCAGUUGGUGUUUGUGAACCUCUGGCACCAUUGCUGUUUUCUAAACCUACCUUCUAGUUCUUACUGUUAGGGUGCCACUUCAUCAUGGUAUGAGGAGGUAUUCUAUGGUGGGUUUUUUUUUAAGCUUGCUUUUUUGAAAAUACUUUUUAAAAAGAAAUCUACUGGUUAGAUUUUUUUGUCUCACAAAAAUGUUUUUAGAGAUUAUUUUGUUCAUAAAUGUUUCUUUCUCAUGCUGAUGAUCAACUGAGUUUGUCUACAAAUGUUGGCCUAUCACAGUAUUUUUUCAAUACAGAUUCUAUUUACCAAAUGACCAUUUUAGUGUUUUUAAAAGGUACCGAGGAUUGAGAUAUGUAAAUCAGGUGACAUAAUAUGAAAAUUAUGUGCCUAAAUAUUUUUGUAAAGGUGUCAAAUAAAUACUUUUUCUUCAACAC